CGAGGCUGCGGCACGGGCCCGGCGGCACCAUGGCGGCGGCGGCGGCGGCGGCGGCGGCGGCGCCUGCUGCUGCGGCGGCUUCUCCCGAUGCGCCGGCGGCGAGUGCAACGGCAGAGCCCGAGGCCGGGGACGAGGACAGUCGCGAGGUUCGAGUGUUGCAGAGCCUGCGGGGCAAGAUCUGUGAAGCAAAAAAUUUAUUGCCCUAUCUUGGACCCCACAAAAUGAGAGAUUGUUUCUGUACUAUAAAUUUGGACCAGGAAGAAGUUUAUCGUACCCAAGUUGUGGAAAAAUCUUUAAGUCCAUUUUUCAGUGAAGAAUUUUACUUUGAGAUUCCAAGAACUUUCCAGUAUUUGUCUUUUUAUGUUUAUGAUAAGAAUGUUUUACAAAGAGAUCUUCGUAUAGGAAAAGUAGCCAUCAAAAAAGAAGACCUGUGUAAUCACAGUGGCAAAGAAACCUGGUUUUCAUUACAGCCUGUUGACUCCAAUUCAGAGGUUCAGGGUAAAGUUCACCUUGAAUUAAAACUGAAUGAACUGAUAACGGAGAAUGGAACUGUAUGCCAGCAGCUUGUUGUACACAUCAAGGCAUGCCAUGGGUUGCCUCUCAUAAAUGGCCAAAGCUGUGACCCUUAUGCAACAGUUUCUCUAGUGGGCCCUUCUAGGAAUGACCAAAAGAAGACAAAAGUAAAGAAGAAAACAAGCAAUCCACAGUUUAAUGAAAUCUUUUAUUUUGAGGUAACCAGGUCCAGUAGUUACACCAGAAAGUCCCAGUUCCAGGUAGAAGAGGAGGACAUUGAAAAGCUAGAAAUCAGGAUCGACUUGUGGAACAAUGGAAACCUGGUCCAAGAUGUUUUCCUAGGUGAGAUCAAGGUUCCUGUGAAUGUAUUAAGAACUGAUUCCUCUCAUCAAGCCUGGUACUUGCUACAACCAAGAGACAAUGGAAACAAGUCAUCCAAAACUGAUGACCUGGGGUCUCUUCGAUUAAAUAUAUGUUAUACAGAAGACUGCGUGCUUCCUUCAGAGUACUAUGGUCCUUUGAAAACUUUGCUGCUAAAAUCACCAGAUGUUCAACCAAUAUCUGCCUCAGCUGCUUACAUUUUGAGUGAAAUAUGUCGAGAUAAAAAUGAUGCUGUUUUGCCCCUUGUACGACUGCUGCUGCACCAUGAUAAACUUGUUCCUUUUGCCACUGCUGUGGCUGAAUUAGACUUGAAGGAUACACAAGACGCAAACACAAUUUUUAGAGGAAAUUCCUUGGCUACCCGAUGUCUGGAUGAGAUGAUGAAAAUAGUGGGAGGGCACUACCUGAAAGUAACAUUAAAACCUAUUCUAGAUGAGAUAUGUGACUCCUCAAAAUCCUGUGAAAUCGAUCCUAUUAAAUUGAAAGAGGGAGAUAAUGUAGAAAAUAAUAAGGAAAAUCUGCGCUACUACGUAGACAAGUUAUUCAAUACAAUUGUAAAAUCAAGUAUGAGCUGCCCCACUCUAAUGUGUGAUAUCUUUUAUUCUCUGAGGCAGAUGGCUACUCAGAGAUUUCCCAAUGACCCUCAUGUUCAGUAUUCUGCAGUGAGCAGCUUUGUAUUUCUUCGUUUCUUUGCUGUAGCCGUAGUAUCACCUCAUACUUUUCAUUUGCGACCUCAUCAUCCAGAUGCAGAGACAAUUAGAACAUUAACUCUCAUCUCAAAAACUAUUCAAACUUUGGGAACCUGGGGGAGUCUAUCCAAAAGCAAGUCAAGUUUCAAAGAGACAUUCAUGUGUGAAUUUUUCAAAAUGUUUCAAGAAGAAGGAUAUAUUAUAGCAGUUAAAAAGUUCUUGGAUGAAAUUUCAUCUACUGAAACUAAAGAGUCCAGUGGUACAAGCGAGCCUGUGCACCUGAAAGAAGGUGAGAUGUAUAAAAGAGCUCAGGGAAGAACUCGAAUUGGAAAAAAGAAUUUUAAGAAACGAUGGUUCUGCUUAACAAGCAGAGAGCUCACCUACCACAAACAGCCAGAGUUCAUUGAACGCAAAGAUGCAAUCUAUACAAUUCCAGUAAAAAACAUUCUUGCUGUGGAAAAACUGGAAGAGAGCUCUUUCAACAAGAAAAAUAUGUUCCAAGUAAUACAUACGGAGAAACCACUCUAUGUCCAGGCAAAUAAUUGUGUAGAAGCUAAUGAAUGGAUAGACGUACUCUGCAGGGUGAGCCGAUGCAAUCAAAACAGGCUCAGUUUUUAUCAUCCCUCUGCAUAUAUAAACGGAAACUGGCUCUGCUGUCAGGAGACCAGUGAAAACACUCUCGGCUGCAAGCCAUGUACUGCUGGUGUCCCUGCAGACAUCCAAAUAGAUAUUGAUGAAGACAGAGAAACAGAAAGAAUUUAUUCCCUUUUUACCCUCAGUUUACUUAAGCUGCAGAAGAUGGAAGAGGCUUGUGGAACUAUAGCAGUCUAUCAAGGACCACAGAAGGAGCCUGAUGAUUAUUCUAACUUUGUAAUCGAGGAUUCUGUAACAACCUUUAAGACAAUUCAGCAAAUAAAAAGCAUAAUUGAGAAGCUGGAUGAACCUCAUGAGAAAUAUAGGAAGAAAAGAUCCAGUAGUGCAAAAUAUGGGAGCAAGGAAAAUCCAAUUGUUGGGAAAGCAUCUUAGAGUUUAACAGAUUGGUUCAGAAGAACUGGAAAAUACUGUUUUCUUGGAGCUUUUCAAGUCAUCAUAUAUUUCGUUCGUAGUAUUUAAGAAUGAAAAUUCGCUUCAAUGUCAUCUGCCUCCACAUCGUAUUUAAUAUUUAAUAAUUGAAAUUAAUCAUUUGGGAAUCCUGGUAGUGAGGUAUAACUAGAGAAUUUAAAGCCCAAGAUUCCCUUCAUACCUGUGUGAACCAAUCCAUGUUUCUGCAACUUAUUUUUAAUCAAAAGAAUCUUCCUAGAAAAGCUUUUUAACAAAGGGAGAACUCCUCCGUAGCAAGAAACCGUCUCUUCUUAUAACACUCUGUUCUGUGGACUUGUUUUCACUACCAUCAGUGCCUGCUCUAUACUGCCAACAUUGUGUUUUACUAGAAAAUUUCAGUUCAUGACAGUUCAGAGCUUUUCAUUUAGUUCUUUUUUU